AUGCCCAGUGAGAAUACUGACAUGGUAUCCUCUAACGUUUUUGCUUGCACGGCUUUCGACCGGGACGGGAAGAGGUUUCCUCGUUGCAUCUUUCCACACAGCAUUGGUUCUGUCCCUUACCUUACCUUUAUCGCCCGUCGGGCGUCAAGGUUCGCAUUAGAUCCCCUUAUCUAUCGUAUUUUUGCCCCAACAAAAAGGCCAGAGCAAGGGCUGGGGGGAAAGAAUGCAUUUCCGGAAUCUCACUGGUAUAACCUUUUUUUCAUCUCCAAAGAGGACGAGGCAAAAAUAGCGUUCCGUUGUCCGGGUGCUGUUGGACGGACUAUUCUGCUGGCAGAAAAACUACAGCCAAAACGACUUCCUUUAUUUCUAGUUUUCCCCGUCAAGUUGAAGAAGACUCGCCCCCGAGUCAUUAGGAGUCGAGAGAAGUCUUCGAAGAACUGCCGUAAUGGCGAAAGACGAAUCAGGGAAGGAGGCAAAACGAUUCAUAAUAACUUUGCUUACGCCCUCUUCCCACCAGUACCCAUAAGCCCGUUAGGGUUAGAUAAGCCGGCUUCUUACUCCAGAUUGAGCGACGAGAAGGAAUUAGCCCUCUGCGUCCUUCACAAGAUUGGUCUUCGACACCAACCCAUCAUUGCGUGGGAACCCUAUAUAGAAUAUAGAAUAGAUAGGGCACCUUGGCUCAAGCUCUGUCUGGUCUUCCUUCCCAAUUCCCCACAGGCUUCCGGGAGUGCCGGCUCUGUUCGGACCAUAAGACUUGCAACAAGCUUGACUUAUACUUAUAAAGAAAGAAAGAAAGAAGCUGAGCUUCUUUCUUCCGAUCCUCACUCAGGCAAUCAAGGAAAGGGUCGUGAGGAUCCCAACUCUGAGAGGAAGCCAACAUUGACUGACUUUCAUGCUGGUUUGACUGAGAAAGAAAAGAAGGAUUCGGGACAAGACGGAGAUGCAAGCUUGUCUGCUAUUGGAUGUUCUAGUUUAGCUCGCGGAUUGGUCUUCAUUGCGCACCAUCCGGCUGGAAAUUCAUACGCUCCAUGGACGGAGCAAAAAGUGGAGUCUUGGUCAGAGCAAGCCGCCCUAUUCUAUUACCAGACAUAA